UAAAACAUUUUAAAUAAGCAGUAAUAUAAAAUGUAAUGCAGGAGUAAAUACUGAAUAUUUGUAUAUGAUGAAUAUUGCAGRUGAGAGAACAUGCAUACCAGAACAUCUUAUAGUUAUCAGUUGAACCUAAAGUAAAAAGAGUUCUUUUUGUCCUCUCCGGSCUUCCAUACAGCGUCUGUACCGUAAUAACCGGUGUAGGAGCGCAGCUUGGUGAUCACGGAGCUUCAUGGGGCGCUGGAGGCUGACGGCUCGCGUCUUCUUCUUCUUCUUGUUUUCUGCUUUYAUUUUUGUUGUUUUUCUGCUUUUUGCUGAAACAAUGCGGGACCGAACGAUCGAGUAUUUCCUAAACCUGAACCAGCUGACAGGAAGAGACGCGGCCGAGAUCAGGUGGUCUCACGCUGUCAACAGCAGGCACGCGCUGACACAGGCUCUCACAGGUCCUUCUCAUAUGGUUGAAGCUGACGUCAUCCUGAGAGGUGGGGACCCCAGGGAGCCUGUCAUGGCCCACCCCCCUGACACAGACAGUGACAUCACCCUCAGAGAGUGGCUGCAGGAAGUCAAGCAUCAUCAGAAGGGCAUGAAGCUGGACUUUAAGAGCCUGGAGGCCGUGGGUCCGUCUCUGGUCCUGCUGGAGGAGGUUCUGCCUGAGCCCAGCUUCCCUGUGUGGAUCAACGCAGAUAUCUUGUGUGGUCCUGGAGGGAAGGCCCAGCCUCUGGACCCCGAGUCYUUCCUGUCCGCCGUGUCGGCUCUUCCUGCUCACACCGUGCUGUCUCUGGGCUGGACCACAGGAUGGACCCCUGCAGCGGACCACCCAGGGUACAGCUGGGACAUGGUGCAUCAGAUGCAGGACCGCUGCAGACCUCUGACACACGCCGUGACGUUCCCGGUCCGUGCCGCUCUGCUGGGCCGCUCCUUCUCCCAGCUGUCAUGGCUGCUGCAGCAGUCAGACAGGUACAGUCUGACUGUGUGGACGGGUCAGGGGGAUGAGUUCACUCUGCAGGACUUGCUGCUCUACAGGAAUCAGUUGGACCACAGCAGGAUCUACUACGACCUGCCGGACUCUGUGAGGACAGAACUGAUCGUGACACCACGGGACCGGUCCUGAUCGGGUCGGCCUGGUUCUCAGGAACACAGAGGAGGUGAGCUGCAGAUGUUCUGCUGGUGACACCGGGCCGCCGCCUUCUCAGACAUCAUCUGAACCAGGUGUGGACCUCGAGGUCUGUGAGACUCACCAGAACCUUUAUUAGGUCCAUCUUUCUAAAACUGGACUGGACUUCCUUCUGCAUCCAGAAUUGUUUCAGGUUUUCAUGAGCCAGCCUCCUGAAGGUGUUGGACCAAACAUUAACCCAAAGUUACUUUAAUUCACUCAAACUCUGACUCAGGAAACUGGACUGUUUAUGACCCGGUCACUCCACAAAAUAACACUUCCUGCCCACAACCCUCUGUUUGACACACAGGACAUCAGGACAUGUGUCCUCACUGCCUGUGRAAACCUUCUGAUUUAAAUCUGGUUAAAGUAAAGCUUAUUGGUCAGUGGUUCCAUGUAAUGUUUAGAACCAGACUGUGGCUGCACUCAGCACUGAGUAUUGUUGAGAUCAGCCUUUGUUUACAAUCUGAGAACACCCCAGAACCAAUCUCACUAGCUGUGUUUCCAUCAGCAGUGCUUUGUGCAUUUUGAAGUAUCACGUUAGAAACUGUGAAUGGAAACUUCCUCAAUUUUUAAGUUCAGAUUUUCUGAAAGAGUUAAUGCUCAAAAGUGAAGAUGGAAACCAGUGGUGGGCAGCACUAAUCCAAAAAUUAACUCCGCAAUUUCUAAAGUGCUUAUAAAAAUAUUUAGGUCCGCAACUUCAAAACUGUUCAUGCCRUAGAAAACCUAGCGGAAGCUAAUUUUACAGCGCAAGUUCAAUUUGACACUUACUAGUUGACAAUUCAUGUACAAUAUGCACAAUACU